AUGCUGAGCCCCGAGCGCCCCGAGCGCCGCCGCUCCUGGUGCUGCAGCCGCGAGGCGGAGCGGGGCCGGCGGCUCCGCCCAGGGGGCGGUGGCGGGGGAGACGGCGGGGGGCGGCCCCGGGACCGGGGAGGAGACGCGGAUGUUCCCGCCGGGCCUCCCUGGUUCCCCGGUCCUCGGCGCCGGGCCCAGUGUGGUUACCGGUUUGUGGCCGGUCCUUGUCCGGCGGCCUGCGAGGGCUCAGGGUGGGAGUGCGUGGGCAGCGCGGGGCAGACACGCUCCCAGCUCCCCCCAGAUGUGAUCGCCCAGCCCUGGCUCCCCCUAGAUGUGACCCACCCAGCCGUGGCACAGCGCCUGCAGCAGCGGGGGGGCGGAGCGGUGCCCGCCGCGCUCCCGGCUGGGCUUGUGCUCUACACCGCUCUCGGUAUCAGCAGCAGCACCGUGGUCAGACCACAACUCUACAACGCCAACGGCUCCAAAGCUACGGGCAAGGUAAGCCCCGGCCCCACUGUGAUGGAGCCAACUGCCACCACCGACUUCUACCCCUGGGAGUACCACAGCUCAUGGGAGGAGGCCAUGUUGCCCGAGCUCUGUGAAAAGCAGGAAGUGCAGGACUUCACCGGUGCCUACCAGCCUGCUGCCUACUUGUUGCUCUCGCUGCUAGGUGCAGUGGGGAAUGGGCUGGUGCUGCUCACUCACACUCGCUACCGCCGGGCACAGAGCGUGACCGACGUCUGCCUGCUGCACCUUGCCCUGUCUGACCUCCUGCUGCUCCUCACCCUGCCCUUUGCUGUCAUCAACACACUGCAGGGCUGGUCCCCAGGCACAGCUGCCUGCAAGGCGCUGCAGGGCCUCUAUGCCCUCAACUUUUACAGUGGCUUCCUCUUCCUCACCUGCAUCAGCGUGGAUCGCUAUGUGGCCAUUGUGAGGGUGCCAGCUGCCUGUCGCCUGCGCCCAAGGGCUCGCCGCCAUGGCUGGCUGACAGCAGGGCUGGCCUGGCUGCUGGCACUGCUGCUGGCACUGCCCCAGUUUGUCUAUGGCCAAGCGGAGCAGCACCAGGAUUUCAAGCUCUGCCGAGUCGUCUUCCCCAGGGCAGUGUCACGGGUGGCCCAGGGGACCACCAACCUGAUGCAGGUGGUGCUGGGCUUUGUGGUGCCCUUCCUGGUGAUGGUGAGCUGCUAUGCUGCUGUGGCUCGAACACUGAUGGUGGCUCGUGGUGCCCAGCCUCACCGGGCACUGCGGGUGCUGCUGGCCCUCGUGCUGGUGUUCGUAGCCCUGCAGCUGCCCCACAGCCUGAUGGUGUUGCUGGACACGGCUGAGCUGCUGGCCAGCUGGGAGGUGACCUGUGCCCAGAGCCGUCGCAAGGACCUGGCACUGCUGGUGACAGGUGGCCUGGCCUACCUGCGCUGCUGCCUCAACCCCCUGCUCUACGCCUUCCUGGGCCAGCGCUUCCGCCAGGAGCUGUGGCUGCUGGCAACUGACACUGGUUGCUGCCCAGGCUGCCCCAGUCCCCGCCGGCGGGCAUCGCUCUCCACCUGCCAGGACAUUAUGUAG